UUUUUGGCGCUCACGAAAGGUAAUAUGCAAAAGUGAGCAGUACCAUACAGCCCAGCCAUGGCAGCAAUUGGAAGAAGUUUUCUGCGAUCUGCAGUUUCAACUCAUAAUGCUUCUAGAAACAGCCAUUACAAAUAUUUUUCUAGUUCAACUAAAGUAAUGGCAGGAAAGGUAGGAUUUAUUGGCCUUGGAAAUAUGGGUGGUCAUAUGGCAAGGAAUUUGAUCAAGAAUGGCCAUAAGUUGGUGGUGUAUGAUGUCUCGAAAGAUCUCGUCAACAGUUUAAAGGAAUCUGGUGCCACAGCUGCGGGAUCCCCAGCAGAGGUCGCGUCCGAGGCAACCAAGGUCGUUACUAUGUUACCAGAAAGUGCCCAUGUACAGACUGUAUACACUGGUGAUAGUGGUAUAUUUAGCACGUUACAUAAGGACAGUUUACUAAUGGAUUGUAGUACAAUAGACCCAUCUGUAUCACAGGCAAUGGCAGGUAUAGCUGCAGAAAUGGGCUCAGCAUUUGUAGAUGCACCUGUGUCUGGAGGUGUAAAUGCAGCACGAGAUGCACUACUCACUUUUAUGGUUGGCGGCUCAGAAGCAUCAUACCAGGCAGCCAGUGAAUAUUUGAGUUUGAUGGGGAAAAAUGUUGUACAUUGUGGUGCUGUAGGCACAGGACAGGCAGCAAAGAUUUGUAACAAUAUGUUACUUGGCAUAUCAAUGAUAGGUACAUCGGAGACCAUGAAUCUUGGAAUGAAGUUAGGGCUGGACCCAAAACUUCUUGCAAAGAUUUUGAAUAUGAGCUCGGGUAGAUGCUGGUCAUCAGAGGUUUAUAAUCCAUGCCCGGGGGUGUUAGAAGGCGUGCCAUCCAGUAAUGACUACAAGGGUGGUUUCGGAACUGCUCUCAUGACUAAGGACUUGGGUUUAGCACAGAAUGCCGCUACUGCUAUGAAAUCUCCAACCCCGAUGGGAUCUCUCGCCCACCAGAUGUAUAGAACUAUGACAAAUCACGGAUAUGGUGGCAAGGAUUUCUCCUCCGCCUUUAUGUUUCUACAAGAUCAAGGGAAGAAAUAAAAUGGCAACUUUGUGAUUGUUUUCCAUAAAAAAUCUUUACACUAUGCAUCUCAUAAAAUUUUUAUGGAUUUAUUCUGGUUGGUUCAGAAAGCAAAAGAAUAUAUCUGUACAUUUUAUAUAUCUAAUAUAUCUAUACUGUGAUUUUUUCCCCUAAAAAACAAUGGAUUAUAAUAAAAAUGGCCGACUUCAGUACUUUAUGAAGUGUCAUUGACAUGGUAAAGUUCUUAAGUAAUUGUUUAUAUAUUGCUGAACCUACUAAUGAAAUUGGCUAGCUAAAUUUUUUUUUUAAAGUAUUGGUUUAAUAAACAUAAGAAUUAUGCUCAAAA